AUGACUGACACAACUCCAGAGAAGGAAUCCCCGGGGACAAACGAUGGGCAAAAUGAUGAUGCAGCAGGUUCAUACUCUCCGCAACAACCUCCCACUGAAAAGGACAACGCUCAAAGCAACGACACUCACCAUGAACCCCAACCAGGUCAAGUCCUCGAGCCUCAGCAAUCAAACGAGCGCCCCAUACACUCCGUCUUCUCAUCCAGGAUCAAAGUAUUCGUCAUUCUUAUGACCGUCUUCAGCACAAUCUUCUCCCCCUUCUCAUCCUUCAUCUACCUGCCCGCUAUCACCCCCAUCGCCGACGCAUACCACCGCUCCCUCGGCGAGAUCAAUCUCACAGUGACUGUCUACCAAAUAAUGCAGGCUAUUGCGCCUCUCUUCUUCGGCGAUCUAAGUGACCAGAUUGGCAGACGGCCCGUCUACGCCCUCACCUUCGCCAUCUACCUGGGUGCCAAUAUCGGCUUGGCACUACAGCACAAUUAUGCGGCGCUGAUGGUCCUACGAGCUCUGCAAAGCACCGGUAGCAGUGCCACCGUGGCCAUUGGCAGUGCCGUGGUCGCUGACUUGACUACGGCUGCAGAGAGGGGAGGAUACAUCACGGCGGUGCAGUCGAGCGUCAUGUUUGCGCCGGCCCUGGCGCCAGUGUUGGGCGGCAUUCUGACGCAGUACUUGGGGUGGAGGUCUACAUUUUGGUUCUUGACUAUUGCGGCCGGGGUGUUUGUUGCGAUUUUCGUGCCGUUUGUGCCAGAGACUGCACGUAACAUUGUUGGCAAUGGAUCGAUCCCUCCGCCACGGCUCAACACAUCACUCACAUCAUAUAUCCAAUGGCGCCGCAAGAGACGCGAUAUCGAGUCAGCAACUCCCGGAUCGGAAGUGGAAAUCCCCGAGCCCAAGAAACUACCCUUUCGAAUACCCAUUCCCAACAUCUUUGCCGCCAUCAGAAUCAUCUUCGAAAAGGACGUCGGCCUCCUCAUGCUGUUCAUGUCGCUCUUCGUCAUGGCCAACUACGCGAUGCUCGUCCCACUCCAAGACGUCAUCCGGCGGCGCUACAACUUCAAUGACCUCCAGGUCGGACUCUGCUACAUCCCCUACGCGAUUGGGUCGGUGGUUGGCGCCGCCCUGGUCGGCAGACUACUCAACUGGAACUACGCCCGCGUCGCAAAGAGCGUAGGCGUCUCCGCGGAUCGCAAGCGAGGCGACGAACUGAGAAAGUUCCCCAUCGAGAGAGCCCGACUGGGUCUCAUGUGGCCGUGGACUCUGCUCGCCUUCAUCACCACUGCAGUAUGGGGCUGGGUAGUCGACUCGGGUGUGAGUCUUGCGGCGCCGCUGAUUAUCCUGUUCCUCGCGGGGAUGGGGCUCGCGGGACCGAUUUCGAUUCUCACCACCUUGUUGGUGGAUUUGUACCCGAUGAAUGCGGGACGGGUUUCGUCGUCGUUUAACUUGACGAGGGCGGGCAUCAGCGCGGUUGGCACGGCGGUGGUGCAGUACAUUAUUGAUGCUUGGGGGUAUGGGUUUACGUAUUUGUUUUUGGCGCUGGUGGUUUUGGCUGCGAGCCCGUCGAUAUUUGUUGUUCGGAGAUGGGGGCCUAAGUGGAGGGAGGAGAGAUAUCGACGGUUUGAGAAGGCGGAUGGAUCUAAUAUCUGA